AGGAGGGGAGGGAGGGCGCUGAGGCGGGCCGAGGGGCGGAGAAUGAGGGCGGUGCGUGGCGGGCUCCGCGCCGGCGGCCGCCCUCGGCCGGAUUCGCUUGCCUGGAGGCGCCCGCGGCGAGCGGCGACGACGACGACGGCAGCGGCGGGAGGCCUGUGAGGAGGCCCACCGCUGGGGCGCUCAGACUUAGCAGCAGCGGCGGAGGAGGAGGAGGGGCCUGGGCGCGAGUUCCUUCUCAACAUGGAGUUGCAAGCAGAGACAUUUGGCCCAGCUGGGGAAGACUUAAGCCCCGGCACCAUGUGCUACCAAUGCCCCACCUGUCACGCGGAUGAGGAACGGAGCUGUACGAAUUCCCUGCGAGGACGGACAAAGACGCGGAGUUUGUCUGCUUCUCCUGCCCUGGGCAGCACCAAAGAAUUCAGGAGGACACGUUCCUUACAUGGACCAUGCCCAGUCACUACGUUUGGACCAAAAGCUUGCAUGUUGCAGAACCCGCAAGCCAUCAUGCACAUUCAAGAUCCGGCCAGCCAGCGGUUGACAUGGAACAAACCUCCAAAAAGUGUCCUUGUGAUCAAGAAGAUCCGAGACGCCAGUCUUCUGCAGCCCUUCAAAGACCUCUGCAUCUAUUUGACCGAGGUGAACAACAUGCUGGUUUACGUGGAGAAGAAAAUCCUAGACGACCCAGCCAUCAUGAACGAUGAGAGUUUUGCGUCUGUGAAGAAGCGGUUUUGCACUUUCAGUGAAGAUUAUGAUGAUAUCUCCGAUCAGAUAGACUUUAUCAUCUGCCUGGGCGGAGACGGGACUUUACUGUACGCUUCGUCGCUUUUCCCGAGGAGUGUACCCCCAGUCAUGGCUUUCCAUUUGGGGUCCCUGGGCUUCCUCACUCCCUUCAAUUUUGAAAACUUUCAGUCUCAAGUCACCCAGGUCAUCGAAGGCAACGCAGCCCUCGUUCUCCGAAGCAGGCUGAAGGUGAAGGUGAUCAAGGAACACUGGGAGAAGAAGGCCGUGAUUCAGAACGGGAUCGAGGAAAACGGUGUGGUGUCUUCGGGUCUGGAAAAAGAAAUGUUUAAGCAAGCCACUCAAUAUCUGGUCUUGAAUGAAGUGGUCGUGGACCGAGGCCCUUCCUCUUACCUUUCCAACGUGGAUGUCUUCCUUGAUGGUCACCUUAUCACCACUGUACAAGGCGAUGGCGUCAUUGUCUCCACGCCGACUGGCAGCACGGCGUACGCAGCCGCUGCGGGCGCGUCAAUGAUCCAUCCGAACGUCCCCGCCAUCAUGAUCACCCCCAUCUGCCCUCAUUCACUGUCCUUCCGGCCCAUCGUCGUUCCGGCUGGAGUAGACCUGAAGAUCAUGCUGUCUCCGGAUGCCAGGAAUACCGCGUGGGUUUCGUUUGACGGGAGGAAGAGGCAGGAGAUCUGCCACGGGGACAGUAUCAGCAUCACAACCUCCUGCUACCCUCUCCCUUCGAUCUGCUUCCAAGAUCCGGUCAGCGACUGGUUCGAAAGCCUGGCUGAGUGUUUACACUGGAACGUCAGGAAGAAGCAAAAUCACUUUGCCAUCGACGAGGAGGAAGAAUUUUGAGCGUCGGUGAGCCUCUUUUUUCUAUCUGUCUUGUGUGAUCCGUCUGUCCUCGAAGGGACCAAGGCAAACUGGACUCCUGUUCGUUCUUUUUUUUAAACCCGCUUUCGGCAUCUUCCAAAGUAGCUUUUUUUUUCUUCUUCUUCAGUCUCUUUCGGAUGUAACAAACAGACAAACUAGCAGGUGAAGCCUUCCCUUUGGAGACUCUCCUUUGCUCUCGUGUGAGAAUUCUUGGCAUCUGAAAUAAUUCCGACACUCUACUUCAAAUCCAUACUUUUGAGUUACGAUGGGGUUGAAAAACCCACCACGGUCCCCCAAAAAAAGGAAAGUCAGAAAGUUAAAAAAACCAAAACUCUUUCGCAGACCUUCUUCCAACAACUCAACUUUUUCUGUGGUCAGGAUUCCUGCAAUUUGCUCCUCUUGAAGUUAUGGCCAAACAUUGACAUGGUCGAAAAA